CUUAUAGCUUUUUAUCUGAAGAUAUUAAACCAAAUAGUUAUAGCUUUUUAUCUGAAAAUAUUGCACCAAAUAGUUAUAGCUUUUUAUCUGAAGAUAUUGAACCAAAUAGUUAUAGCUUUUUAUCUGAAAAGAUUGCAUCAAAUAGUUAUAGAUUUGUAUCUGAAAAUAUUGCACCAAAUAGUUAUAGCUUUGUAUCUGAAGAUAUUGAACCAAAUAGUUAUAGCUUUUUAUCUGAAAAUAUUGCAUCAAAUAGUUAUAGAUUUGUAUCUGAAAAUAUUGCACCAACAGUUAUAG